UCUAGUUCUAGUGACGUUUGCGAGUUUGCUGAAAGUAAAGUGAGGGUAAAGUGGUUAUUUUCAGAAAUUAAUGAUCGUGUAUAAUAAGAAUAAUAAACUGUAUGAAUAAUAAUUAAAUAGACGUCAAAAUGGUCGAUAAAUUAUUCAGCAUGUGGAAAGUUCGGGAAUUGGCUGAUAAAGUGACCAAUGUGGUAAUGAAUUACACCGAAUUUGAAGGUAAAGUAAGAGAAGCAACAAAUGAUGAAGCAUGGGGUCCUACAGGGGCUCUUAUGCAAGAACUAGCACAUGUAACAUUUUCAUAUGAACAUUUUCCUGAAGUUAUGUCAAUGCUUUGGAAGAGAAUGUUACAAGAUAAUAAGCAACAUUGGAGGCGGACCUACAAGAGUUUGCUUUUAUUGAAUUAUCUAGUUCGAAAUGGUUCUGAGAGAGUGGUCACCUCAUCUCGAGAACAUAUAUAUGACUUAAGAUCUCUUGAAAAUUACUCAUUUAUUGAUGAAAUGGGGAAGGAUCAAGGAAUAAAUAUAAGACAUAAGGUAAAAGAACUUAUAGAGUUUAUUCAAGAUGAUGAUAAGUUACGGGAAGAGAGAAAAAAAGCCAAAAAAAAUAAAGACAAAUAUAUAGGUAUGAGUUCAGAUGCUACAGGAAUGAGAUUUGGAGGCGGUAUGGGCUGUGAUAUUGGAUAUAAUGAUCAUCAAUGGGAUGCUAAUCAAACAACACAUGAAAAAUCAGGUUCAUUUGAGGAUGACUAUCCAUAUGAUGGUGAACGAGAAGAUUCAGAUAUUGAAUCUUCGUCUAAUAGUCCACCUGCAAGAAAAUAUAGAGAUGCCGAGUUACCUGCACCAGUUGAAAAAAAGUCUAAAACCCCUAUCAGUGUUAAUCUUAAAUCACCAGUAAAACUUUCAACACAAAUGAGUAAACCAGUUGCCAAAAAAAUUGAUUUAGGUGCUGCAGCAAAUUAUGGCAAAGAUGUCAACAUAAACUCACCGACUCACAAAAAUACACAUUCUGAAGAAAGUGUUGUUAGCCCUAAUAAUAAUACAUCUACUGAUUUAAUAGAUGAUUUAUUUAAGACUUGUCCAGUGAAUAGUACAACUGAUAAUGAUGAUUUUGAUCCAAGAGCAUCUGAGAAGCAAAGCAAUGGUGAUUUUGGGGAUUUCUCACAAGCAUUUGCUCAACCAGCAAAGCCUGCAACAGCUAGUGUAGAUUUAUUAAAUGAUUUAGCAGCACCAAAAGAUGAAUUUGCUGAUUUUUCAUCAGCAUUUGUUGCUAGUCCAAGUCAGCAAAAGCAAACAAAUUUAUUGGAUAAUAACUUGUUGUUACAACCUGUUUCCGAUUUCGCACCAAAACCUAUUGGAGCCCCAGAUUUAUUAUCAUCAGAUUUUAGUGGGUUGAGCAUGAGUGAUUCCGCAGGAUUCAGUAUGUCAGGUACAGUUCUACAACCUGUGAAUACGUUGAAUAAUUCUUCAAACAUGAAACAUGAAGAAGAGAAGAAAAAACAAGCAGAAGCAAAUUUGGGCGCAACGUGGACUAAUACUGGAAGUUUGAAUAUUGAUUUAGACAACUUGCUUUUAUCAAAUAAAAGUAGUAAAUCCGGAAAUGCGCCUAGUAUGAACCAGCUUAAAAGCAAUCCAACAAGUCCAAUAAAUCAGCCAUUAAAUAGGCCUGUAGUAAAUAAUAUGAUGCCUGCAGCAGCAGCGCAUUUGCAAUUUGGAGGAAUGAUGUCUCCCAAUCUCAAUAUGAAUGUAAAUAAAAUGACUCAACAAAGCGGCUUCAUGAAUAAUUCAAAUAAUUUAAUACAAAUGAUGCCUCAGCAACAAGGUAUUAUGCCCAAUCAACAAAAUAGAGCUUUUUAUCCAAAUGUUUUUCAAUGAUGUUCAUGAACAGAUUGUAUACAAAUAAAUUGUAUAAGUGUGCAAAGGUUGGAGAUUUAUUGAAUGUAAGGUUGAAAUUUUAUAUGUACAUGAAAAAUAUCAAAUAAUUCUUUGAUAGAAAGCAUGAAUAAAUAUUUCAAGUUCAUGUUGCAUGCGCAAGAACUAGACUGCCUAAUUUCAAUCAUGAGUUCUUAUCUUGGAAAACUUAUUGCAACUGUAAGAAUGUUUGAAACUAGAUAAAUAAAUUCAUAGUAAAUAUGCAAAAUGAAUGGAUUUUGUACAAAUUUUAAAAUGUCAUGAUCGUUUUGCUGUAUUAAUUUUAUACAAAAUUAUUCAUUUUAAAUUAUUCAACUUUGAAAAAUAUUCAAAGUUUUGUUUUAUCAUAAUUUUAAUAUUUCUCCAAACUAGUGUAUUGCACCAAAUUAAUAAUCACUUCAAUCAUGGAUUAAAUUCAAGGUGCAGGGAACCAAUAAUAUAUAAUCGAUAAGUUAUAAAUCUGCAUUAAAUGCAAUAUGUAUGCAAAUAUAAUUAUAUAAUAAUUAAAAUAUAUAUA